CUUUAUAAAAUAAAAUAAAAUACCCUUUCUUUUCCUUGUUCAUCUUUGCAAGUAAAAUUUUUUAUAUUUGUUAUUGUUGGCACCUUGUAAACAUAAAAGAGUGUAUGAAUGGUUAAAGUCAAUGAAGUUUGCCCAUCAAAAUAAAGAAAAACAUAUAGCCAAAAAUUACUGGUUUAAAGCAAAACCACUGACCAUAAAAUUCACCAACUUCCAACUCCCCUUUUUAAUCAGCAAAUUGUGAACAAGGUUUUCUAUAUCGUGUCUUGCCUUACUUGUCGAAACCAACCCAAUGUUUGUUGUCACUUUCAAUGUCUCUCUUUCACUCCUUUUUCUGUUAAAUGACGAACUUUUCUUUGUUUCCCUUUAUUUAUCAAAUCCCCCAUAGUCAAAUUUUACAACCCAACAUGUUAUUAUACCUUUGAUGAUGAUGAUAAAUGGAUCUUCUUGUUUCCUUGUUAUGUCUGCUUCACCAUCUUCAAAUUUCAACAUACACCUUGUUGGGAACUCAGCCUAUUUUGAUUCACUGUGUUUGGUAGGACCAACUGAGAGUAUCUACACAGCUUACAAGAUCUUGAAUUGGUAUGUGGUGGUUUCCCAUGAAUUGUAGGUAUUUGUUUGAUUGUUUCAAAGGAAAGCAUCGCCAAGAACAGAUACAAGGUCAAGAGUUUGCCACUGCCAAUGUAAGGCUCUUUUCAUAUAAUUCAUUGAGAUCAGCAACAUCAGAUUUUCAUCCAUCAAACAGAAUAGGUGGAGGUGGCUAUGGAGUUGUUUAUAGGGGAGUUUUGAGAGAUGGCACUCAGGUAGCCAUCAAGACACUGUCUGCAGAGUCCAAACAAGGAUCUCACGAGUUUGUGACGGAGAUCGAUAUGAUAUCGAACAUUCGACAUCCGAACCUUGUCGAAUUAAUCGGCUGUUGUGUUGAUGACAAUCAUCGGAUCUUGGUCUAUGAAUACCUAGAGAAUAACAGCCUUGCUAGUGUUUUACUUGGUUCAAGAAGUAAAUAUAUAGCUCUGGAUUGGCCUAAAAGAGCAGCCAUUUGCUUAGGUACAGCUUCUGGUAUUGCUUUUCUUCAUUAUGAAGCUGUACCUCGUAUUGUCCACAGGGAUAUUAAAGCUAGUAAUAUACUUCUUGAUGGGGAUUUUCAUCCUAAAAUUGGUGAUUUUGGGCUAGCCAAGCUUUUCCCAGACAAUGUCACUCAUCUAAGUACUCGAGUUGCUGGAACAGUUGGAUAUUUGGCCCCAGAAUAUGCCCUUUUGGGACAAUUAACCAAGAAGGCAGAUGUAUACAGCUUUGGGGUUCUGAUACUUGAAAUAGUCAGUGGACAAAGCAGUACUAAGGCUGCAUUUGGAGUGGAAUUGAUGCUUCUUGUUGAAUGGACGUGGAAACUCAAACAAGAAGAAAGGCUUUUAGACAUUGUUGAUCCAGAACUAACUGAAUAUCCAGAAGAUGAAGUGCUACGGUUCAUCAAGGUCGCCUUGUUUUGCACCCAAGCAUCUGCACAUCAAAGACCCACAAUGAAUCAAGUGGUGCAAAUGCUAUCCAAAGACGUGCACCUCAACGAUAAGCUGCUAACCGAGGCCGGUGUUUAUAAAGGGUAUCGCCGUACAUCGUCGGAGUUAACAUCGUCGUCUUUGAAGACUAAAGGCAAACAAUCAAUGGAACCUUCUUCUUCUACUAACAUUGUUAGCUCUCAUAGUAUAACAGAAAUGCUUCCUAGGUGAUGAUCAUGUAGUUCACUAUUACGAGUUGGGUCAAAGGCAUUAACUCUUUCAGAGUUAUUUUCUUCACCUACAAGACUCGAGGUUAAAAUCUUGCUUCAGUAACAUCGAGCUCUUUACCGUCCUACUGACCCAUUUGGUUUUUAUUACAGAAUGGGUAAAAGCCGGAAGCUCAAAGGCUGUAGCACCCCAUUUGUGUUUUGUGUAAUUAUUUUUGAAAUUAGUGUAUCCAAAAUUGAUCAUUCACAAUAUGGUGCUUUUUUUCUUUGGUUAAAUUCUUCAAAGGAUCCCUGUACUAUAAACUUAGGAACUAAUUAAUCUCUUUGCUAUUAAAAAUGAGGGUCUAAUUAGGUACAAGUAUCAUAGAGGCCCUUGUAUUAGGAGUAAAA